UAAACAGACCUGUUCUGUUUAAAAGUGAACUCUCAAGCUCAGCUUAGACCAUAACGGUGGAGAAUUGAUGUCUAUACUGUUGCACAUGUGACAGUAUAGACAUCAAUUCUCAAUUAACAUACAGCUGGCUUCUUCAUUGAUCAAAGAAAGGGUUCCUUUGAAAAAACAUGUUAACAUUUUUCAAAGCAGUUUAGCAGGGUUGUCUGUGUGUACUUUGCUUGUUCUCCCUAUGUCUCUGUAUUCUCCAUGUACUCUGGCUACCUCCCACAAAGACAUGCAGAUUAGGGUUAGGUUAAUUGGAGAAUUAAAUUUACUGUAAGUAUGAAAGUGAGAGUGAAUGGUUGUUUGUCUCUGUAUGUUGGUUCUGUGUCACGCUGGCGGCCUGUCCAGGGUGUGCCCCACCUCUCGCCCAAUGUCAGCUGGGGUAUAGGCUCCAGGUCCCCCUGAGACCCUCAAAGCAUGAGCCGUAUGACUGGAUAGACAGUAGUUUACUAAAGUUUCCCAAAGCCAUAUUGAGAACACACUAAUAUAGCAGUUUUAGGAAACCUGUGGAUCAGGAUGACGACAUUAGAAGUGAGACUGUUCAGGACUCUGGACAGCUCCCACCCUCUGCCAGCCCCUCCAGCCUCCAUCACAAACCGUGUGUCUGUGUGAAACAGUGGUGUUAACGAAACUAGGAAGUUAUGUGACUUUAGAAGAAAGACACACAUUUGAAGCACAUGCUUUUCACACAGUUUAGUUAAAUGUGUGACGGCCAACCUUAUUACACACUCUGUAAAUCUUGAUGGAGGGUAAUGUGUGACCUGGUACUGACGCUGAGUUCAUGUGCUGCGGACGCAGGAAUCGCUGGGAACAUUUAAAGCACAGAGCCAAUGUGUUUGCCAGUCAUAAAACCUCUCUUCUGCUUUUCAUGAGGUGCUGGAGCACACGUGACUCAUUGGUGUUUCGGUUUCUCAAUGAGUUGAUUUUCUUUUGGCGACAAGGCUGCAAGAGCCCAGGAUCCUUGAAAGCAUGGGAAUAACUUCAUUUUGAAACUAGUUUAACUGAAAAAAAGAAAUUAAAAAAUCAGUUGCUGCUCUAACGCCAGGUUAAUGACAUUUAUUUUCCAGGGCUGGUCCUUUGGGCAUUUUAUUACCACAGUGUACGUGUCUUUAAAGGAAGAAGAAAGUGAAGGGAGCAGAAGAAAAGAGGGACUGACUGCAACAGCAGGAGUUUUCUCACAGCUCGUCCUCUACCUUACUCUCUUCCAACUGCUCUCCCACGUCAUCGCAGCUUCACCGAGAUGAAGCUGAAGGAGGAAGUGAACCCCUUGCUGCUGCUCCUCUUCCACCUUAUGGUAUGGAUCUACACCGCCAUCACCUUCCUGCCAUGCUACCUCGUCAGCUGGUUCUCGGUGCCAGAGGCAGGGUUCUGCGGCUCAGAGGAGGAGCGAGCCAAGAGAGCGAAGGCCCGCUCUGUGAUGGGACAUCCCGAGGGACCCUACAGGGCGCUGAGUGCCACCAAGACUCUGGCGACGUCGCUGCACCCGGGAGUGGACACCCUGGAUAAGAUGUUUGAGUUCGCAGCCACGAGGUUCCCCCACAGAGACUGCCUCGGGACGAGGGUGGUGAUCACUGAGGAGGACGAAGAACAGAGCAAUGGGAAGGUGUUCAAGAAGGUGGUUCUUGGUGAGUACUCCUGGCGCUCCUACCACAAGGCCCUCACAGCAGCGUCCCAGCUGGGCAGCGGCCUGGCAUCGUUGGGUCAGAAGCCAAAAAGCAACAUAGCCAUCUUCUGUGAGACGCGAGCAGAGUGGCUCAUCGCUGCCGAGGCCUGCUUCAUGUACAACUUCCCAUUGGCCACCCUUUACUCCACACUGGGAGGUCCAGCCAUCGCUCAUGGGUUGAAUGAAACUGAGGUCACACACAUCAUCACCAGCAGAGAGCUCCUGGAAACUAGACUCAAGGAUAUCCUAAUUGAAGUUCCAAGGCUGCAGCAUAUCAUUGUGGUGGAUGACGCACCAACCUCAUGGCCCGGAUAUCCACGUGGCAUCACUGUCCACAACAUGGCUGCAGUUCAGGAGCUGGGGGCCAGGCCUGAGAAUGCCGCACGUGAGCGUAAGCAGCCGCUGCCUUCAGACAUUGCAGUAAUCAUGUACACCAGCGGAUCCACGGGCAGACCGAAGGGCGUCAUGAUCUCCCAUAGCAACCUUAUCGCUGGGAUCACAGGGAUGGCGGAGCGCAUACCUAAUCUGUGUGAGGAAGACACCUACAUUGGCUACCUGCCUCUUGCCCAUGUUUUGGAGCUCAGCGCAGAGCUCGUAUGUAUUUCUCAUGGCUGUAGGAUUGGCUACUCCUCGCCUCAGACUCUUGCUGACCAGUCAACAAAGAUCAGGAAAGGAAGCAAGGGAGACACCAGCGUCCUGCAGCCCACUCUGAUGGCAGCUGUUCCGGAGAUCAUGGAUCGUAUCUACAAGAACGUGAUGACCAAGGUCGAGGAGAUGAACUGUGUCCAGCGAACACUUUUCAUUCUGGCGUACAACUACAAGCUGGAGAAGCUCAGCGAAGGAUACAGCACACCUCUAUGUGACAAGUUGGUGUUCAGGAAAGUUCGCUCUCUGCUGGGAGGUCAGACGCGGGUCUUGCUAUCAGGAGGAGCGCCUCUCUCCGCAGCCACACAGCGCUUCAUGAAUGUGUGCUUGUGCUGCCCAGUGGGUCAGGGAUAUGGCCUGACGGAAACAUGCGGAGCUGGAACAAUCAGCGAACUGUGGGAUUACAGCACUGGCAGAGUGGGAGGACCGCUGGUCUGCUGUGAGAUAAAGCUAAAAGACUGGGUGGAGGGUGGUUACCGUAGCACAGACGAGCCGCAUCCUCGAGGAGAGAUUCUGAUCGGUGGACCGAACGUAACCAUGGGAUACUACAAGAGCGAGGAUAAAAACCAAGACUUUUUUGUAGACGAGAACGGUCAGCGGUGGUUCUGCACAGGAGACAUCGGAGAGUUUCACAAAGAUGGGUGCCUCAAAAUAAUAGAUCGUAAAAAAGACUUGGUGAAGCUGCAGGCAGGAGAGUACGUCUCCCUGGGGAAGGUGGAGGCCAUGUUGAAGAACUGUUCUCUGGUCGACAACAUCUGUGCUUAUGCCAACAGCGAUGAGACAUAUGUCAUUGGCUUUGUGGUGCCCAAUCAGAAGCAUUUGCUGGCUCUGGCUGACCAGUAUGGUAUCCGAGGAUCUCGGGAGGAGCUGUGCAACAGCAAGGCCAUGGAGGAGCUGGUCCUCAAGGUCAUCACCGAGGCUGCUCUCACUGCCCAGCUCGAGCGCUUUGAGAUUCCUCGCAAGAUCUGUCUAAGUCCAGAACCUUGGACUCCUGAGACCGGAUUAGUAACUGACGCAUUCAAACUCAAACGCAAGGAGCUGAAAACACACUACCAGGACGACAUUGAGAGAAUGUAUGGUGGGAAAUGACGGCAACGAUAGGCACAUCAUUGUUGAUUCUCAAAGAACAGACCAACACUUGACUGUGAAAAACUUCCAGUGCUCUCUCACUCCUCCCCUCUGCUCCCUAUUCCACCAGUAAAAACCACAGUGACCUUAAUCUGUGCUAAAUCUUAAUGUUCGUUAGAAGAAAGAAGGAUAAGGGUAGGAUGUUCCCCUUCACUGUGCACUUAUUUGAAUUUGCAACUUGAAAGCAGCCUGAAACAGAAAAAAAAAAAAAAA